UCUGCUAAGUGCAUCUGCUGGGGGCCCUGGGGCCACUGCUAAAGCACUGCUAAGCAUUGUUAAGGCAGAGCUAGAACCCCACAGUGACGUUUUCACACUACCUUAAGCAUCUUAUCUUAUCUAAAUGCACUUUUCGGAUUAGACGCGACUCGACGCGUAUAUUGAAAGUUUAUCAUUACAUGUAGGCACAUUUAUUUGAGGUAAUCACCGUACAGUCCACCAGUUCGUCGUCAAAACCAACGGAUUAAGGGAUAUCACUCAAUUCCAAUCCAUCAACAUCUCCCUGCGGAAGUAGACAUGCCCCUCCUAUCUAGUAGCCGCCGGCUACAAUCCGGUGCCGACCGUAAUCGAGGCCGACCGAGCACAUCAUCCACUCGUACCCAACAAGACAACGGCCCUGUCGAGCUACCAGAUUAUGAGCCUCUCGCAUGCCCCCUAAGUGCCGAAGCUAUACGCGCGUUAACCCAAUUGUCAACGAGCAAGGAUACGCGGAAGUACGAGGAACAACUGAACAAGAGUGUAGAGCUUCUGAGCGCCAGCGUGCGGGAUAUCAACGACAAAUACGAGGAGAGAAAAGAGAGCCUCAAGAACCUUCAGGAAAAGCGAGCCGGACGCGACGAAAAGAAUGAUCGGGAGAGGGCUGAGGAGAAAGCCGUGUUGGCGCUGAAGAAUGACGUACCCGUGUUGACAAACGAAUGCAACCUCGCCGUCCAGAGCGUUAUCGACUUGAAGAUAGAGCUCGAGGACAGUAAUCUGGCGCUACGGGGAACGGCGCAGAAGGUCGAGACCGAAGCUACGAAUGCGACCCGAAGACAAAGACACCGGGGCGACGACGAGGACGACGAGAUGGCAGAUGCUAACAUCACGAGCCCGAUAAUGUUACUACAGCGAGCUAAGGAGAGUGCGGCUGAGGAAUACGCGUCGAAGACUCCGUACGAGAGAUACGGUACAAACAACGAUUACGUUGGCUUUAAACGGCUCUGGCAUGACGCCAUUUACGGGAGAGGUAAUAAGCCGUUGCCAGAUGCAUCUAAAUGGUUUUCGCAGAACGGAGGGGAGGACGAGGCGAGCGAAGACGAGGAUCUGAUUGUUGCCGAGGAACAUCUUGACAUACAUUGCCCCCUGUCCAUGGUAAUCAUGAAGGAUCCAUAUACGAGUGUAAAGUGCAAGCACACGUUCGAGAAAGACUCCAUUAUCCAGUUUCUCCAAACCCAACGUGGGCGAGCACGAUGUCCACAGACAGGCUGUAAUAAGGAAGUGUCAGUUUCUGAUUUCCAUCCCGACCCGGUCAUGUUGCGCAGAAUUAAGCGACAAUUGGCCUCGCAGCGCGCGAGUAUGGCUGAAGAUGACGACGACGAGGAUGGGGGUGGGGGUGGAGAUGAGGGUGAGGGUGAGGGUGAGGGUGAACAGGAUGUCGACGCCGAGGGCGAUUCGCAUAUGAGUGCAACUCCUGGCCGCAAUGUCAAAUCGGAACGAGAGGGUAGGGGCAGAGGACAACAAUUAAUCGAUGACCUUGUACAGUAGAGGACGAAUAGGAGGCAUAACUCGCUUGUGUAUCCUCCAUUUGGUGAGAUAAUGGAGGUCUUACAAUAUUAGGACGGCAUCGUAGUCUUAACGCCUAAGGUAGCUUAAGCUAAGACCAAAACGAGUAGGAUUCCCGUCGGCAGUGAAUUAUGAUAUUA